UCGUCGUCUCUUGUUCGAGAAAGUACCUCGUCUGGAAACGGAACCUUCACGAUUAACGUUGAUAUCUUAAAUUUCUGCGUCUCAUCAAAAGAAGCCAGCAAGCAACUCAAGAAGAACAAAACCACUUCUCUUAAAAAAUGAAAAAUUCAGUCUUGCGAUAAAGUCGGUGUCUUUGACGAAAAAUUUUUACGUUGUGCGUCAGCAAAGAUAAAGAAGAAAAACCAGACCAAACAGACACCAUGGUGUCCUCAAGGCGGGACAAGCUGAGGAUCGACGACAUUGUGCAGGACAAGGCUAGGAAGGACGCUCUCAACUACGAAUGCGCAGUUUGCUUGUCGCUUUGGAAUGAUCCAGUUCAGACGGGCUGCCACCACAUUUUCUGUAGUUCGUGCGUUGCGGAGGUGCAGGCUUGUCCGACUUGUCGCCAGCCCUUCGGCGACACGAAGCCGGCGCCCUUGAAAGAUGUGAACCAGUUCGUGCUUCGGGCCUUGAACAACCUCGAGGUACUACAUAUUUGGGCUUAUUUGGAAGCCUUUUACUUGCUGCUCGCUUGUUGGUCUUUUCUCGAUCAUAGAUUCCUGGCUAGUAAACUUCCAUCAUGUACAACUAGUUGCUUACUAUACUCUUUCCUAGCCUGAAGCGUGAUGAAGCCGAAAGCAACGGCGAGACACGUGAUGCGUAGGGAGACAAGUGGAUGAACAUCAACAUGUUCAGGUGCGCUGCCCGCACGCGAAUCCAGACCCCGCGUCAUCCUGGAAAGCGUCCUCUUCGUCCUCCCUUGUCACCACUGCCAGUGCCUCUUCCUCGUCCUCCGUAUCUAGUAAAGCGACAACUACGAGCUCCACGACAAUCUGCAGCACCUCCGGGAACAAUUCCCCGGAGGGCGAGGACGACGGAAACAGAGCUGGAAACUCCGCCGCAGCGCUGCGACACCAGACGGAACAACCAGGCGAGGAGUCCUGCGAUAUCUUCUGCGAGUGGGUCGGCUCGUACGGAGAUCUGCUUGCGAAGCACCUUGGCCAGUGCGGGUGGUGCUUCGUCGCUUGCCCGCACGGUUGUGGUGCUUCGCUGCAGCGGAAACAGUUGGAGGAGCACGAGAAGGAUUGUUCCGCACUUCUCAAGGAGUGCGACAUUUGCGGCACAAAGUACAAACCGGACCAGGAGGCGGAACACCAUCGGGCCUUCGCGGAACUCCAUGUGCAAAUCCUGAAAAAAGAAGGGGCGAGGAAGGACGCCGAACUGACGAGGCUGUCCGAGCAGAUCGGGGUGACGGAAACAUCCAAGAUAGAGUGGACCAUCGACGUGAGAAAGAUCUACAGCGAGGAACAUGGCGGCCUGGCCCCGGACCUGGACCUGUAUUCUCCGCCUGUCUCCACGCAGGGGUUCGGCCCCUGGAAAUUCAAGAUACGCGGAUGCAUCAGCAGUGCUGCCGGAACAUCAGCUUUAGCAGCAGCUACCGGCGCUUCUCCAACGAAGUGGAUGAGUCUCUUUCUGUGCUUGGCAGCCGAUAGCACGACAAAAUACGUUGAGGUCAAGGGCAUGCGGGUCAAGGUAAUUGCGGGGAGCAAACAUCAAAACAGUUCCUCCACUGGUCAGGAUGUCGUCCUCCUGGAGACGGCGCGUUCCAAAGCGCCUUACCGCUUCCUAGCAGGGGGCGACGGGCAGGGCUGGAAAGAGUUUGCGAACUUCGACAUGCUGAAGCAGCAUAACUUUGUGACGGUGAUCGCGGAGUUUGUUCCGUGUCACGAAGCGCUCCCAGUGCACGGAACCAUCAAGGCUACCAGUGGGCCGACCGUCCUGUCGCAGUUGAGCAACAUUGCAACGACCAGUAGCAAAGCGGCGGCGGACGCAGCCACGAUCAACGCGGCAAUGAAGGACCACAUGGUCGCCACCGCUUCUUGCUUCAAGGCCGUGGGGAGGGGACUAACCACGGAAGCAGAUAAGACUGAAGCGAAAAUCAACGAAGUGAAGGACGAAACCGCAUCCGGGCUCAAAGAGCUGGAUAAACGUCUAUCCACGGUAGCAGAUGAUACUGCGGCGAAAAUCGAAGAAGUAAAAGGCGGAAUGGCAACCGCCACGGCGCUGAAGAAACUUGACGCUAUAGUCGCGACAACGAACACGGAGCAGCGUGACAUGCUUGCAAACACCUCUUGGAGUGCCUUCUUUGUUGCCUGUGCGUUUCUCGUGGCUUUUGGUGUUCUGCUGCCGUUGAGUUUCCUCCUCGGCUUCUAUUCACUGCAGGCUAGCAUCAGGACGGACCUGGCGGAUGUCAAGAUGGAACUAGCGGCUGUUGCAGAAAUCGCUGGUGCUGCGCCCACGGGAACUGGAACUGCCCCGGACGACGACACGACCGCAGCGGGACCGCUCGACACGAAGUUGGCAACGAUUUUGAAGAAGGAACUGACGUCGGUGGAGGACCGCCUCGGGAACACCGUAAAGACAGAGGUCGAAGCGGUGAAAAGCGUUUUGUCUGCGGAUCUAGCACGCAGCGUGACGUCGCUGAAGGACGAUCUCCUUUUUGUCAAGGAUAACACCAAAGGGAAAGGCAAAGAAGACGCUGCCAAGCGGCCCCCCGUGUCAAGUCGAGUCGCCUGGACCGUGGACGUGAAGGAAAUGUACCAGAAGUUUUCGGCAAAGAACCCAUCCAGUUUCUCGUCGAAUGACUUCUGGUUGACGCAACACGGUCCCUGGAAGCUCCGAAUCUAUCCAAGCGGUUGGACGCAAGAAAACGCCGGCAACGAGACUCCGCCGACGCACAUGGAAGCGUUUUUGUUUGCCGACCCGAUCAACAAGAGAACCUCGCUUAUCGCUGAAGCGGUGAUCACGCUCCUGCCGGGAAAAGCGAAAGAUGUCGUCGAUGCCAUGGAGGUGGGCGCGGGAGGUGACAGCGCUUGGCCCUGGGCAACAGGUGGGCGAUCUUUGCGGCAGGUCAGCACCCUACCCGGAAGACUUUUCGGCGAAGGCACCGGCUGGGGCGGUCGCAUCGCUCCGAUACAAGAAGUUAAGGAGACGGAUUUUGUCACGUUUUUGAUCGAGCUGAAGAACUUCAUUGAAGUUACGAAGGGGGUGGCGCCGUAG